AUGGCAAUGUCUUCGAGUCUUCAUCUCCGAUUCUUCCUAUGCCUCACUGGCAUCACUAAUCCCGUGAAGACCUCUCAAUUGGAGGGACCAUUUUACAAGGCUGUUGGCCACUGCUCCGACAUAGUCGUCGAUCCCCCGUAUUUGUCGGCCCGUAGUAUCCCCCCCGCAAUCCUGGAUCUCCUACAGAGCCAACCCCGAAGGGCAAAUAUCAUCUUGUUUAGUGCCCUUCGUAUCCUCCAAGAAGAAGAGACUGAAGGCCGACCAUCAGAGAAGGGCCAGUUCUGGCUCGUCUGCCGCUCAGCGGAACAAGUCGACUUCGUCCUCUCUUGCACAAAUGGACCAUUGGGGACCUACCCAAUCUGCAUAUACACACCCCAUCCCGCCGACCAAAUGACGGAGAGCUUUUGCCGGCCUCGUCUCAACAAAUUGGUCAACGCCCUCCACAAACAUGUUGACCAAAAAAGAGUUUUCUCUGUUUUUGCAUUUGAAACCGUAUCCAGAAUCUUUGCCGAAUUCUGGAAGAAUUUAACAGGACUCGAUUAUGUAGACUAUUACGCGGCCAAGCAAGCAUUUUGCACCAAAGCUACAUUCAUAAAGGCCCCCCUUAUGGCUGAGCCUGAACGGGACAAUGUACGGCUGGCUGUGGAAAAAGAUAUCGAAGGCGUUGCAGAGCUUUGCUUCCGCUUUGCCCAAGACUCAGAUCCUUUUUUUCUCACGCGGGAAGGAGCGAUGAAAGAAGCGAACUACCUCGUCAAGCACCGUAGAGUUUGGGUUCACAUUGCCAAGCGACCUGGUGCUUCAGACGAAAUUGCAUCGAUAUGUGCUGUAACACGGGAAUCUGACACCGUAUCUUCUAUCACAAAGGUCUACACCAGUCCUAACUGGAGGAAGAUGGGCUGCGCCAGGCGGCUUGUUAGCUUCGUAUGCGAGACACUCCUGAAGACCAAAGAAAGUGUAGUUCUGUAUGUUGGUCACAGUAACGAAGCCCAGAGUGUAUACGCGCGCACUGGAUUCAUGGGCCUAGAUGAUCUGCGCCAUUCCUUUCGGGAUAGAGAAGAUGGCAUGGACAAGUGGCUUGAAAUUGGGUUUGACAAGGACAAAGUUGACCUUGGUCAUUGGUAG